AGCCCCACCCCUCACACAGACGUGCUAACCUUAAUGCCCGUCUCCUCCACUCCUCUACUUCAUCGACUUCUUCUUUGACUCCCCUCCCUCCCUCCCUCUCACUCUACAACUCCUUUGUUUUCCCUUUAUGAUGUCCAUUUUAGCUCCUUAGCAACAACUAUUCAAGACAGCUAAAGUUGUCCUUUUUUGUCUGUUUAGUCAAAAAUCUGUUACCAAACACACAUUAUAGUGGUCUCUGACAAUUUACUUUAGCUUAUUUGGGUCCUUAUCUGUAGCCUACUACUUCCCUUACUUUCGUACUUUGCUGCUGCUUCCUAAAAUUUGAAUUGAGGCAAAUGGGUUUUGGCUUAUAGCCCCUCAGCUUCACAAAAAAGCCAAAAGUUUGCAUCUUCUUGUGAUAAUUUCACAAUCAGUUGCAGAAAUGUGCAACCUGCAACGAGUACUGUCUGCCUUGUACUGUUGGUUUUAAUUAUGUUGAAAUCUUGUUUGGAAUAUAGAUGCUUUUGGUAUCUUUUUAUCUGUGGCUUGUUGUGAUAGAGAGUUCCUGUCUCUCUGUCUCUCCCUCUCUCUCUUCUCUGUGAUACUUCAGGGAAUUUGAAUUUGAAUUUUUUUUUGGGGCAAUUAAGAGGACUCAUCUCCUCCAUGGGUACAAUGACUGCAUCUUCUCUCUCUAGAGAGGCGUCAAACUAUGACGAGGUUUCUAUGCAGCAGAGCUUGCUCUUCUCUGAUAGUCUGAAGGAUUUGAAGAAUCUGAGAAGUCAGCUAUACUCGGCAGCGGAGUAUUUUGAAUUAUCAUACACAAAUGAUGACCAAAAACAGAUAGUGGUGGAAACAUUGAAAGAUUAUGCCAUCAAAGCUCUUGUGAAUACAGUGGACCAUUUGGGUUCUGUGACAUACAAGGUUAAUGAUCUCUUGGAUGAGAAAGUUGAUGAAGUUUCUGGAACAGAGUUUCGCGUGUGUUGCAUUGAACAGAGAUUACGGACAUGUCAAGAGUACAUUGAUCAUGAGGGCAUCUCACAACAGUCACUGGUGAUUGACACUCCAAAGUACCAUAAGCGGUACAUCUUGCCAGUUGGAGAGACUAUGCAUGGUGCCAUCCGCACUAAAUCAAAAUACCAAGGGUGCAGCCUAGAUGAUGAAGAUGAUUGGCAUCAAUUUAGGAAUGCUGUUCGAGCUACAAUUAGAGAAGCCCCAUCUUCAGCCAGGGAAACCCCGACAUCUUCAGCCAGGGAAACCCCGACAUCUUUGGUGAAUUCAAUGAGAAAGGGACGUUCCCCGUCACCUUCUCCACGACCUCCUCCACAACGAUCUGCAACGUUUUCCUUCACAUCUACCAUGCCCAAAAAAGAUAUAGAUAAGCGAAGCAUUUCACCGCACCGAUUUCCACUCUUGCGUUCUGGUUCUGUGUCAAGUAGGUCAACAACUCCAAAUACAAGCAGGCCUACCACUCCAAGCUCUGCUCCUGCCAAAAAACGGUACCCUUCCGAGCCUCGAAAAUCAGCAUCCAUGCGACUCCAGGCUGAAAAGGAAAAUACCAAAGACAUCGAACAAUAUCCCAGCAAAAGUAAGCGUCUCCUCAAAGCCUUACUUAGCCGGCGCAAAUCUAAGAAAGAUGAAAUGCUAUAUACUUACCUGGACGAAUAUUGAGAGUAAAAAUGAUGAGAGGAUAAAAAAGCUAAAGGAGACAAGGAAUGAGCAACGACCAUGAACCUGCAGUUUUUCUAUUUUUCAAUACCCAUUCUGUACUUGAUACAGUUGAUUUUUCCCCCCCACCAAGCAGUAGAUAAUAUUGUCAAGUAAAAGUCCUUUCAAGUGUAAUAUUAUUUUGUGUACAAUUAGACGAUCAUCCUACAGUAAUGGAUUUUGUUGAGUUUCACCAAGGUUAAUUAUCCUUGAAGAAAAGAAAAGGAGGUUGAUUAUUUAUUUUCAAAA